ACGGUCAAGUACCAACAACGGGAAAACAGGAACUCGAAAACCGUGUAGAAUUGAAGCUAGGGGACAUUGGAAAAGUGAUAACAAUUAAAAGUGGUAAAAACAAACGGGUUUGAGAAUAAAUUGUGCCAGUUUUCUUUGAGGUAUCACAAUCGAAAAUACUAAGUGAAGUGAAGACCUUUGAAGUGAAAGUGAAUAUUUCAAAGAUUUCAACUAAGAAAAAUCUACAUAUAAAUAAAACAAAAUGAAUACAGAAGAAUUCAGAGCAUAUGGGAAGCAGAUGAUCGAUUACAUUUGUGAUUAUCGAACGAAGAUUGAAGACCGGGACGUUGCACCAACGGUGGAUCCUGGUUUUCUGCGGCAACUGUUGCCAGAUGAAGCACCGCAGAAGGGCGAAGACUUCAAGCGGAUGCUAGAGGAUGUCGAAAACAAAAUCAUGCCCAAUAUGGUGCACUGGAACCAUCCCCGGUUCUUCGCCUAUUUCCCGUCCGGCAAUUCCUAUCCCUCGAUUCUGGGCGAUAUGUUGAGCAGCGCCAUCGGUUCGAUCGGUUUCUCAUGGGCUUCGUCGCCGGCCGCAACCGAACUGGAGUCGAUCGUUAUGGAUUGGUAUGCCAAAGCAUUGGAUCUGCCGGUGUUUUUCCGCACCGAUGUUCCGGGUACUCGCGGAGGUGGAGUGCUUCAGGGGUCCGCCUCUGAGUGCGCUCUGGUCUGCAUGAUGGCAGCACGGGCCCGCGCCAUAAAAGAGCUCAAGGGACACAAUGUGGAGGUCCACGAUAGCGUCUAUUUGCCCCAGCUUGUCGCUUACGCCUCAAAGGAAGCGCACUCGUCGAUCGAAAAGGCAGCCAAGAUGGCCAUCGUCAAGCUAAGGGUCCUGGAAACCGACGAUCGUGGAGUUUUCCGAGGCCGAACUUUGAGGGACGCCAUCGAGCAGGAUAUCGAACACGGUCUCACUCCGUUCUUCGUCGUUGCGACCGUUGGGACAACUUCGGCCUGUGUUUUCGAUAAUUUAGUCGAAAUCGGUGAGGUUUGCAAAAGUAUCCCGAGCAUUUGGUUCCACGUAGAUGGAGCUUACGCCGGAAAUUCGUUUAUCCUUCCGGAAAUGAGACACUUCAAACAGGGGUUGGAAUACGCCGAUAGCUUCAACACAAACCCCAACAAGUUGCUGCUCACGAAUUUCGACGCGUCGGCCCUCUGGGUGAAGGAUGUCAAACUUCUCACAACUGCACUGGCCGUAGAUCCGCUCUAUCUUCAGCACGAUCAUAGCAGUGCCGUGGACUUCCGGCAUUACGGAAUUCCACUGAGUCGCAGGUUCCGAGCGCUCAAGCUGUGGUUCGUGUUUCGCUCCUAUGGAAUUGUGGGUCUCCAGAAGUACAUUCGCAAUCACAUCGCCCUGGCAAAACGAUUCGAGUCCAUAGUGUCCAGCGAUGAACGAUUCGAAGUACGAAAUGACGUCAAUCUUGGGCUCGUUUGCUUCCGUUUGAAGAGUCACGAUCGCAUCAAUCGGGAUCUGCUGGCGCGAAUCAAUCACUCCGGCAAGUUCCACAUGACCCCGGCCAUGGUGAGGGGGAAGUACAUCAUACGGUUCUGCGUCACCUACGAGCACGCCACAGCGGAACAAGUUGAUUACGCCUGGGACGAAAUCAAAAACUUUGCCGAGGAAACGCUGGCAGCCGAGGGUUUGGUCGUUUCGAAGGAACAACCGGCCCAGGUCACCAAGAAGGUGCCCAAGAAGCUCACCCGCAGCAUGUCCACCCGGUUCUCGUUCACCCGCAGCGUGUCCCGCGAAAUCUACGAACGACAGAACAGUCGUUCGCAACUCACAGACGGAGCAACGCCAAUCGUCAUUAUCGAUACCGACGAGAUUCUGGAGAGCCUACAGAGGGCCUCCAGGAUAAAUGGAACGAUCCAGAAGCAACCGGAACUGUACGAAACCGACAGCACGGAUGAGGCUAGCAAUUGACUAGCUGCUCCUCCAAUCCUUCUCAACCACAACGUCUAUCCUCCAUCGGAUGAUUGUGAAGAUAGAGGCAGCUGUCGCAUAGAGAUCACGGCCAUCAUCAGCCCCAGCCGGAAGAAAUCGAUUCUAGGGGAAGGGCAGCUGCCCAAACGAUACAAAUCCAAAAGUUGCUCCAGUAUUAGACAAAUGUGAUGAUGGUAACGAAACAAAAUGUUCACCCUCCUCAUUUAGACUAGAUUUAGCAGCUGUAUGCUACAUGCACGUUCGUUGUACUGUGUUUUGCACAGAACUAAUAGAAGCUAGAUACUAUAUUAUUUAAAUAAAUGUACUUAACUUAGGUGAUGCACUUAUAGAGCAGCAUCCUAGAAAUCAUGACAGCAAACCAUGACCUCAUACAAUGUUUACAUAGGUGUGAAAUCUUAUUUAUUGAGACUAGCGUUAAAGGCAAAUUCUACACACAGUAUUAUUAUAUCCAUUCACAGAAGAGAACACACAUCAUACUAUUGUUAGCUGAACAUAGAUCAUUGAAAAUAUGUUAAGAAAUUUGUUGUAGGAUCUCAAAUGUAUUUGAAUAAAUUUCCCUAAUCUUUUUA